UUCCAGAAUAUUGAUCUGCGUUUUUAUCUUGCCUACCGCUAAUUAAUAACACAAUAACGUCGGAAUAUAAUUGAUAAAAUAUUUCUACAGCAAAUGUAAAAUUUAUAUUUAAAGAUUAUUGUGUUUUAAGGAAAUCUGUAAAAACCAACCGAGCGGUGGAAUCAACUAGUUCAGGCAGAUCUAAGGCUUUGCAAAAAAAAAUCAGCUUCAUCUUGUUAACGGACUUUUGCUGCUGGAUGCCAGUUUGCAUUAUGGGAAUUUUACAAGUGAUCGGCAUUGAUAUAUCACUGGAUGGCUACCUUGCAAUUUCUCUUAUAUUGAUCCCCAUCAACAGUGCAUUUAAUCCAGUAAUCUACUAUUUGGAGCCUACAGUUGUAUGGAAGAAAUUGAGUUCAUUCUGUAGGCGCCGGGCGAAAGAUGAAAUCGACCAAAUGGAAGCUCAUGAAGGAUCAGGAACUCGAAAGAGUGAAAUCGGCGUGGGAAUUCAACAAUCAUCAACCACAGGAAUACGGAAGCAAGAUGGCAUGGCGAAUAUGUGACGGUGAUAUAGUGGAACUGUCCCACGAGAAUGCCGCAAACCAGUUGCAACAAAAAAGAAUACAUAUUCACUUUUGAUAUGAAUUUUUUUUCCACCUUGAUACAAAAAAGACGUAGGAAAUAUGUUGAUAAAAUUGCACAACUUCACAGGCAUUGUUUUAAUCAUUUCUUGGUUGAUACGGAUUUAAAUUUGAUUUGUAAGCUAUGCUUUUGUUUGAGUAUAUAUAUAAAUGUCAAAACACCAAUGCAAAUAAUGUAGCAUUGUCAUUUAAAAACUUUAUAUCAUAUUAUUAAAUAAAUUUUUACUCGAAAUAACUUGAUAUUAGAAAUUAUCGGCGGAUGGUAAAGUUUACGGCUUUUUUUGUAUAAACAUCUCAUGAAAUAACUAUUCGGGUAUUAACGUAAUUACAUUCGUGCAUUAAUAAUAAUAAUCUAAACUAGUUGUUUGGAUUCUAAAUUUGAUUGUGUAAUAAUUUCAAUAUAGCUUCCAUGCAUAUAAUUCGCAGCUAGUUGGUAAAAUUUGAUUCACGAUGAUUUUUUUUCAUAUAUACCUAUUUUUUGACAUUUGUAGAUAUUAGUUGAUGCGUCUCAAAAAUAAUAAAGACAUUUCUCUUGGAAAGUUUAUACCUUUUUUACAAGAACAGUUUAUUCUUGUGCGAUCCAAAUUAUAUGUAGAUAAGCGUAAAAAAACGUUUACACGAUGUUUUUGUAAUAUUCGACGUUUGAUCACGUUCAUUGCUAGUAACGUCAUUGGAGCUUUUAAUCAUCUAUUUGGUGUCUUCAAACAUUAUUUCGAAAAAGUUAUUAACUAUAGUUUACUUUUUCAUUCACACCUUGCAAGCAUAUUUAGCAUUAAUAAAAAGC